GAAAGAGAAGAGCGGAGGAAAGCCAUUACGUCUGGUGUCGACUCUCCGUGACUGGUCGCUCAAACUCCAAGAAGCUUUAGCGUGUCAACGAUAUCUAAAAUGAAUACAGUUUGAGUAAAAGCAUCUUAUAACAUCAACUGGAUUACUAGCAUGGACUAAAUCGAAGUCAUGGUCGUCAAUUCUGUACAUUGGUUUCGAAAAGGACUGCGUCUUCACGAUAAUCCAGCUUUACAGGAAGCCCUAAAUGGCGCGGACACUGUACGCUGUGUUUAUAUUUUGGACCCGUGGUUUGCUGGUUCGGCGAACGUGGGAGUAAACAGAUGGAGGUUUUUGCUGGAAUCCCUGGAGGACUUGGACACCAGUCUCAGGAAACUAAAUUCAAGGCUUUUUGUGGUGAGAGGCCAACCAACAGAUGUGUUUCCACGGCUUUUCAAGGAAUGGAACAUCACCCGUCUGACCUUUGAGUAUGACUCGGAGCCAUAUGGGAAGGAGCGGGAUGGAGCCAUCAUCAAGAUGGCGCAGGAGUUUGGGGUGGAGACGAUGGUGCGGAACUCCCACACGCUCUUCAACCUGGAUAAGAUCAUCGAGAUGAACAACAACCGGCCGCCGCUUACCUUUAAGCGUUUCCAGGCCAUCGUGAGCCGCCUGGAGCUGCCCAAGAAGCCACUGCCCACCAUCACGCCCGAACAGAUGGACAGCUGCCGCAUUAAGAUCGCGGACAACCACGACGAACACUACAGCGUGCCCUCUCUAGAGGAGCUAGGGUUUAAGAAUGUAAGUCAGGCUGAUGCAGUCUGGAAAGGUGGUGAGACUGAAGCCUUGGAACGACUUAACAAGCAUUUAGACCGAAAGGCAUGGGUGGCCAACUUUGAGCGACCACGAAUAAACAUGAUGUCGUUGCUGGCAAGCCCCACGGGGCUAAGUCCCUACCUGCGAUUCGGCUGCCUGUCCUGUCGAGUGUUCUACUACAACCUACGGGAACUCUACUUGCAGCUCCGUAAGCGCUGCAGUCCUCCGCUCUCUCUCUACGGCCAGCUGCUGUGGCGGGAGUUCUUCUACACGGCGGCCACCAACAACCCCAACUUUGACCGCAUGGAGAGCAACCCCAUCUGCGUGCAGAUUCCAUGGGAUCACAACCCGGAGGCGCUGGCCAAGUGGGCCGAGGGCCGGACGGGCUUCCCCUGGAUCGACGCCAUCAUGACCCAGCUGCGGCAGGAGGGCUGGAUCCACCACCUGGCCCGGCACGCCGUGGCCUGCUUCCUGACCAGAGGAGACCUGUGGAUCAGCUGGGAGUGUGGUAUGAAGGUGUUUGAGGAGCUGCUGCUGGACGCUGACUGGAGUGUGAACGCGGGCAGCUGGAUGUGGCUCUCCUGCAGUGCUUUCUUCCAGCAGUUCUUCCACUGCUACUGCCCCGUGGGCUUCGGCAGGAGAACAGACCCAAGUGGAGACUACAUCAGGCGCUACAUCCCAAAGUUGAAGGACUAUCCCAAUCGGUACAUCUAUGAGCCCUGGAAUGCACCGGAGUCUGUGCAGAAAGCAGCCAAUUGUGUGGUGGGGGUGGACUACCCCAAACCCAUGAUCAACCAUGCUGAGAGCAGUCGCCUCAACAUAGAGAGAAUGAAGCAGGUCUACCAGCAGCUCUCCCACUACAGAGGCCUGAGUCUUUUGGCGUCUGUUCCCACCAUCCAAGAAGAGGUAGAGCCCUCGUUAUCAGAUGACUCUCAGGCCAGUGGCAGCAGCACCACUGGUGCAAUGUUAAAAUGCCAGAGAACCACCACCACCACAAUGGUCACAACAGAAGCUACGCCAACAGUGGUCACCUCAUCAGCAGCAACUACCGCCAUCGCCGCACCUGCAACAGUCAUGUGUCCAGCUGUGUCGGCGCAGCCCCAGAGGAAGAGAGGCUGGCCCACGGAGCUGCAGAGUACCCAGGGCUGCUCGCAGUCCAAAGUCCAGCACAUCAGCAAGCCCUCCACCAGCCAGGAGUAACCUCCGACACAUAUCAGAUGGCGUCCCCGAGAAGAAGCAGGAGGUGUACUGAUAGCAGGGGUGGCCUGCGAUGAAGGAGGCCUUUAUGGGGGCGAAGAGCGGAUCCUGUCGUCUUGUGGAGGUGUCCCCUGAUAUCUGACACACUGCACAUCCCUCAGAUGAGACUCGAAGGAGAGAUGCCAUGCCAUGCCAUGCCUUGCCUUGCCUUGCCACUCCACGCAGCUUGUGUUGCAUUGCAGAAAAAGAUCAGCAGCAAAAGCAGCGCCUGAAGAGAUCACAUCAGCUUUACCAUUGCCAAUUGGACUCUGACUGUAUGGGAACAGCUGGCUAGUGAGAGCUGGUGCCUUUCUGGCUCCUCUUCUCUUGGCUGUUACCCUGAUCUGCUCCUGUCCUGUAGAUUCACCCUGAUUAUGUGUCUGAUGUGUGAAUUUGAACUGGAGGGGAUUCCCCUUAUAGCCGUAUCAGAACCCCUUUGUGGCUAUCGCUGUCUGACUGCAGAUUACACUGCCGUUAUCAUGCUGUACACAACUUCAGCUAGUUAACAUGAGGCAAUGGGCUUCAGGUCAAGCAGCAGUCGUCAGAGCAGGUUCUUGGAGAUGGAGUGAUUGUUGAAUCAGAUUCUGGCAAAACUAAAAGCGGACAAUCUGGCAAUAGUUUCGUUGUAACCAAAGAUUUUUACACUGGACAACUAUAAGUGGAGGUAAGACUAGUCCGAACGUAACGGAAAUAAAUCCCUCCAGGAUUUUGCGAUCUUGCGUUUUCGCAAAUUCAAGGAUUUUCCUCAAUUUCCUGCGAGUUGCAAUUUUCUCUUAUUGCCAAAAAGUAUUUGAAACACUGCAGUGCAAUAUUUUGGAUUGAAUGUAUUUUAUUUAAAGGGGCCAUGUGUAGAAUUAUGUAGGACUUGAGUUGUCUUGAAUGCAUCAUUAAGUUUGCAAUGGUGCUCUUCCAUUGACUUGCAUUGUAUUGCACUGAGGUACAAAGUGGUAUUACAACAGUGCGGUCUGAGCAGGGUCUGAAGCUGGCUGUUUAGCAUGCUAGCUUUGGUGGAUAUCUGAGUAACGCAGAGCAUAGCUGUUUUUGAAAUUGCAUCAGAACAGUUGUUUCUUCACAUUCUGUUGCUCUAGGUCUUGUUUGAAUGUUUUAAGACUACACUUUGCCCAUUUAACUCAAAAUCCACACUUACAACUGUUGAUUUCGUUCAUUUUGGCCACGGUGAUCUCCACAAAUCCUUGCAAAAUCCUGAAGGAACUGAAAUGUUUUUUUUUUUUCUUUUUUAAGAUGACAGAGGUCCAUGUUGAAGAAGAAUUUUGAACCUUUUUAAUGAGAUUUGCAAAAAGACAAUUGCAUUUAGCUCCUAACUAACGGGGUAAUCUAGAUGUUUAGUACACAUUUGCAGACAAUCCUUCAAAAACAUGAUCUCAAUGAAAUUGCAGUUGUGUUUUGUAGCAAACUAGUGUUGCACUCUGUCCAUGAAGUAUGCACUAUACAAAUAAAAUACUUACUUACUUACUUACUUACUUAACCAACAUAACCCAACUGCAGUUCAACCGAUAUUACCUUGAAAGCAAAAUUAAAUAAUAUAUAUUUAUGACAACUCAUUGAAGAAAUGAGUUUUGCAAUCAACCUCUUUAUUUAUUCUUGACAUGUACAGGCUAAAUACCAUCAUUCUUAUUGUGAAUAAUAGUAACAUUUUUGUUAGUACAUUCAGCAGUCUGCUGGGCUGUAAUUGGACCUGAUAAGUUGCAAUGUUGUAAAGAGGUCGGUUAGCUGAACCCGAAUGCAAAAUGCACUAAUGCCACAGCAAUAAGCAGCAGCCAACCCUAGCCAUCCACUUAGGCAAUGUGUUCAAAGCCAGUCUAAAAGUAAGAUAUUUCUGCCAAAAUGUUUUAAAGAAGCAAAUCUAAAAUUUUGCCAGGAGUUUGAUCAAAUAGUGAUAAAAUAAAUUGACCAGUACCUUGUCCAAUAGUCACUCCCUCAGAAAAUUCCAGAACACCUCUGAUGUCUUGGAACUCUCCAUCAGCCGCUCACCAAAACAUGUCAUGCCCAUUGCAGAUCAAAUCAAUAAAAGCGUACAUAGCUAGAGACAUACAAUCGGAUAACUUUAGCUGUACAAAUCAAACAUGUCAGUUCAAGCGCAGCGCUUUCAAGGUUGAAUAUGUAGUUUCUUUGCUCUGUCUGUAAGUCUGACGUGUCUGAGGUCUUAGUCAGAUUAGAGGUGCAUGCAUUUGCUCCGAAGCUCUAUCAAAGAAUUCCUCACUCUUUGGCCUCCAAACCCAGCACUGCACUAGUGGUAGGUUUGGUGUGCACCUGACUCGGAAGGAAUAUCUAGCACAUGCAUGUGCCUGUCUCUGUGUCCUUUUUGCAUUCUCUAGCCCUCUUGUACAUGAGCCCCCUUCAAACUGGGCCUCGUCACUCGCACAGCACUUUCACAUAAGAAGCAUCGCAGCAGUUUGACAAAGUACAUGCAAAUGAUAUCAUUCUCAUUGCCAUACCACCCCCUCCCUAAAUACACCUUGUCCUUGACCAUCAAUAGCUUUGAAAUGGUCAUCAUUGUACAUUCCAUGCAGAUGUGUACACUUAAAGUCUUUUGUUUCCUUUUAAGCUUUCUAGAAUACUUUUAUUUAUUUUUUUGUAUUGUACAAAAGAGUUUUAUUUUCAUUAAAGCGCUGAUGGAAUUGUGA